AUGAUUGGAAAUACAUUUGGCAGUGGAUUAAUUGGAAAUCCAGAUGCUGUACACUAUACGAGUCAAUCAGAAAUUAUAUUAUAUAAUUUAUAUUCUGAGUCAGGAUAUUUAAUACAAAUACGAGCUCAACACUCCAAUGCUUAUUGUCCGUAUAGCUCUCCAAUACUUUUAUUAUCACCAAAAUACAACAUAACAGCAGAUUCAUCACCAGUAUUUAACAAUUAUAAACAGCCUCCUGAAGUAUUGAAUAAAAAUGUUGAAGGCAUUCUUGAGAAUUGGACAAAUCUAACUACACUACCAACGACAUCUCAUCCAAUGAGAAUUCAUAAAUAUGUUUCAACAAAGCCUACUGAAACUUAUGAAAAUCAAACAACAUUUAACAAAUUAACAAACUGGGAUUCACAGUCAUUGAGUACAUCAACGUCGAAUUCCUCCGUGAUAACUAUUGGACUCUUAUUAUCAGUUGCUCUGACUACAAUAAUCAGUAUUAUUCUACUUAUAACACUUGUUAUAUUAUGUGUUCACCGAAAUGAAAGUCGCCGAAAAUGGAUUCGAAAGAAAAUGAACCAUAUUCUACCCAAAAUAAACAAAUAUCUUUUAUUCAAAUCGUCUACUGAUAAAACAACAACUAAAAAUGAUUUACAGUCAGUUAUGCUCAUCUGUGGUACAGAAGUGAAUAUCAUUUCAACUGAUCAAUUAAAAAUUAUCAAAAAACUUGGUGAAAACAGUUAUGGUCAAACUUACUAUGCCAAACUUUAUCAAGAAACUCCUCAGUUUCCUUCAGUUCAUCCUUGUACCUGUUCAAAGUUGACUAAUUCCAUCGCUCAAACCUCACUAAACGACGACUGUUUAUGUGAUAAUGUUGGAAAUGAUAGUGCUAAGAUAGUGACAUCCAUAGUUGCAAAUCAAUGGAACCAUGAUAUAUCUAAAUCACUUGUAGAAUGUCAUAUCUUCACUCCAAUUCAACAUCAAAGAAAUAAUAAUUUACUGGCUAUGAACUUGUCAAAUGAAGUAUAUGAAGCUAAAAAUGAUAUUUCAUUAUCCAAUACAAUCACCAAUCAUAAAUCCUACUGUUUACAUGUAUUUGUACAAGAUUUAUGUUAUGCUAUACCUAUAACAGAGAAGUAUGAUCAUCACAAAUCUCUUUCAUGGCAAAAAUUAACAUAUAAAUUCUCAUAUAAUAUUCAAAAGAAUAGACCAUCUGAUAAAUUGAACUUGAAGCUUAAAAAAUUAUUAGAUAAUAGACGAAUGAUAGAUUUAAUUCAGAACUAUGCUAAAUUUGAUCAUCCAAAUAUUGUAAAGUUUUAUGGAUUAUGUUUAAUGAAGUUGACGGAUAAAAAUUCUUCAUAUUCGUUUGUUACAGAAUUUUGUAAACAUGGAUCACUUGAUAUCUAUCUGAAGAAGGUCUUACAAGGAAAUCAAUUUCAGAAAACCGAAAUCAAUAUGAAUCCAUUUAAUUUGCGUACAGCAGUGAAAAUGCUUUUUGAAAUAUCAUCUGGACUAGAGUAUCUUUCGUCUCAGAGUUUCACAAUUGAGAAUUUCACAGGUUCAUCUGUGCUGUUGGAUAGCAGUUUUACCUGCAAAAUCAGAAUCCGCUUACCUUCGACUUUGGUCGAAAAUGAAGAGAAUCAUCUGAUCAAAAUGAAAGUAAACACUGGGUUCUUUCAACCACUUCUGCUGAAUAAUGAACAGUUUGUAUACCAAUUAGAAGAUAAUGAGCGACUUAAUAAAAAUGAGAAUAUUAUUUCAUCAGAAAUCAAGCUGACUGAAAAUUUACAAAAAAGAAUAACUCACUCUAUGGAUUAUAAUAUAUACGACAUGUAUAAAAUUAUAAUUGAUAAAUCAAGAACUCAUACUGAGAAAUCAGACUCAUUGUACUGUCAGUCUGUAAAUUCAAGAUUAGAUGGAAUAAAAGGCAUAACUGAUUUUGUAUCAAAUUCUAAUUCAAUGAAAAUAAAUUGUUACUUUAAUAAUAUAUGGUCAUUUGGACAAUUGAUAACUGAACUGAUUAUUGCUCAUUUAAUUUUGGCAAAUAAACAAAAACUUACUGAUAACUUUCAAGUUGGACAUUCAUAUAAAUAUAAACAUAUUCAUCAGCCUAACAUUCCAUCCUAUGAAAAUAUUUCUAAGAAAAAUACUAUUUCUAAUGAAAAUUCUAUACCAUCAUCAGGAAAAUCUCACUUUUUAACAUUACAACCAACUUUUCUAUUUUAUGAAAAUUCUUGUAAAUUAAAUAAUAUACAAAAAUGUAUUUAUCCAUCAGAGUUUAUUGAAAAAUUCAAGACACUUCCAAAUAUAAGACCAUAUACUAUACUAGAUCAUAUUGAUGUAAACCAUAAUUGUAUAGAUGAUAAAGUGAACCAAUUAGAAAAAUUUUCUAAUCCCUAUACUCUUUAUUCAAAUGAAUUUCUAAAAGAUUACAGGCAUCAUGAAGAUUUUGAAAUAUUCAAUCUACUUCAACAAUUAACAUCAUCAUCAUCAUCAUUCAUUUCUGAAGAAAUAUAUUUUGAUUAUUUAUGUAGAUUUAUAAAAAUGUUGAUACCACAAACAAAAUUAGACAAAUUAUUAUUUAUAUGUAGACAUCCAUGUACACAGUUAAGACCAACAUUUAAUGAAAUAAGAGAACAGUUGAAUUAUGCAUAUGAAACUGUGACAACAAAGAUAUUUGAUUAUCAAGUAGACAAAAGUACUAUUAAUAAUAAUCAUGAUCAUAUUGAAAAUCUUCUGAUUGGUUUAAAUGACUGUCAAAAAGUAAUGAAAACUAAUCAGUCUAAUGAAUGA